UAAUGGCUCAUAAACUAUCUUAGAAUUGGGUUUUGUGGUAUGCUCCUAGAGGCAGGAAGGCAAUAGCAGGAUCAGAUCAUUAUGAUGUGAAUCUAAAAGAGAUUGGAGAAUUUAAUACAGUAGAGGAAUUUUACAGUUAUUAUUGUUUUUUACAGAGACCUAGUGAAGUAAAAAGAAUUUAGAUUAAUAUAGAUUGAGAUUGAUAACAAAAUUAUGAUGUUUAGAAAAGAGCAUAAACCAAUGUGGGAAGAGUGUUUGGAUGGUGGAACUUGGAUUAUCCAUUUUAAGAAAAGAGAAAAUGAAUUGUUGAAUAAGAAAUGGGAAGCUCUUCUUUUAGGUUAUUUAAUGUGAUUUUAUCAUUAGCAUGUAUAGGAGAAGAGUUUGAUGAUGAUAAUGUUAUAGGAGUAGUACUUUCAAUUAGGGAGAGAAGAAAUUUAUUAGAGAUUUGGUUGAAAGAUAGGAAAGAGAGUGAAAAGAUAAGAAUAGGUGAGAAGUUAAGGGUUGCAUUGGAAAUGGAUCCAAAUAAUCUUACAUUCUUUUUCAAGGAACAUAGUAAGAGUUUAAAUGUAUAUAUAAUAUUUAUUGAGUUUAGGAUAAAUCGACUAUGAAAGGGGCUGAAUCUUAUACCUUUGUCAAAACUCCACUUGAAACUCCUUAAGCAGAACCAAAAGGACAACAUCCCGAAUUAGAUUAAUUCAAACUUUGAUU